AUGUCGCUCCGAAUCAACCUUCCCCCUGCUACUCGAAUCUGUCUCGUCAGCCUUCUCACUCUUUCCCUACUCUAUAACAUUGCCAGAUGGCGGCAAAUUGACACCACCGGCGGAACACCGACCACAUCGCCUCUCGUCCCCUACCUGACGCUCGUCCCUUCAUUCUUCUUCUACUACCCCUGGACAAUCGUCACGGCCACCUUCGUCGAGCAGAAUAUAUUUACCGUCCUGUUAAAUGCUGCCACCAUAUUCUAUGGCGGCAAGUACCUCGAACGCGCGUGGGGCUCGCGCGAGUUCAGCAAGUUCAUCGCAGUCGUCGCCGUGAUCCCCUGCAUUGCCAUCAUCCCAGUCUACCUGAUCUGGGGCGCAGUGGGAGGCUCCUCAAGCAGAGCUCUCACCCAAAUAUGCGGCGGCGUCUCAAUUCAGGCCUCCUUCCUAGUCGCCUUCAAACAGCUCGUCCCAGAACACACCGUGACAAUCUUCAAAGGAAUCAUCAAAAUGCGCGUCAAGCAUUUCCCCGCCCUCUUCCUCCUCCUAAACAGCAUUAGCGGCCUCGCCAUCGGAACAGACACCGCCGCAGUCCUCUCCUGGCUCGGCAUCCUCACCAGCUGGACCUAUCUCCGCUUCUACAAGCGACAGCCCGACCUAACCGGCACAUCGAACGGCACAGGCAUCAAAGGCGAUGCCAGCGAGACAUUCGCAUUCGCCUGUCUAUUCCCAGACGUGAUGCAGCCACCUGUCGCCUUCGUCGCAGACCAGAUCUACACCCUGCUAGUCACCGCUAAGCUUCUGACGCCGUUCUCGGCGGACGAUAUCGCCUCCGGUAACGAGCUGGUGCUGGCGAGAGGCGAGGCGGGCUUGCCCACGCUGUUGAAUAAUCAGCGUGGGGCCAGGGGCGCCGGUAAGCGCGAGGAAGCGGAGCGCAGACGGGCUAUUGCGCUCAAGGCUUUGGAUCGCAGGUUGCAGGCUGCCACUAUUGGGCGCGUGCAGUCGCCUGGUUUGGGGGAGCCUAGCUCGUCGAUGCCGCGUCCUACCACACCGAAUCCGACUGCGCCGGCUGGGCAGAGUAUGCUGGGGGAAACGAGUUACAAUCCUGAUCAUGCUUGA